AUACACUCUCCACCACACAAACAAGAACAAGAAAAAGCUCCCAACUUUAAUCUUUCUAGAGAGAAAAAAAGAGGGACACUGAGAGAGAGAGAUGGAAGGGAAAGAAGAAGAUGUGAGAGUUGGAGCUAACAAGUUCCCCGAGAGACAACCCAUCGGAACAUCAGCUCAGUCCGACAAGGACUACAAAGAACCACCUCCUGCGCCACUGUUCGAACCCGGAGAGCUGAGCUCGUGGUCUUUCUGGAGAGCAGGAAUCGCCGAGUUCAUAGCUACUUUCCUCUUCCUUUACAUCACUGUUUUGACAGUAAUGGGAGUGAAGAGAGCGCCAAACAUGUGUGCCUCUGUGGGAAUCCAAGGCAUUGCUUGGGCUUUUGGUGGCAUGAUCUUUGCCCUCGUCUACUGUACUGCUGGAAUCUCUGGUGGACACAUCAACCCUGCGGUUACGUUCGGUCUGUUCUUGGCAAGGAAGCUGUCUCUGACCAGAGCUGUCUUCUACAUGAUUAUGCAAUGUCUCGGAGCCAUCUGUGGCGCCGGAGUCGUCAAGGGUUUCCAGCCAACGCCGUACCAGUCUCUCGGUGGCGGUGCCAACACCGUCGCUCCAGGCUACUCCAAGGGAUCUGGUCUUGGUGCUGAAAUUAUCGGAACCUUUGUUCUUGUCUACACGGUCUUCUCAGCCACCGACGCUAAGAGAAGCGCCCGUGACUCACACGUCCCGAUUUUGGCACCACUCCCAAUCGGGUUUGCAGUGUUCUUGGUACACUUGGCGACAAUUCCGAUAACCGGAACCGGAAUCAACCCAGCUAGAAGUCUUGGAGCUGCCAUUAUCUACAACAAGGACCACUCCUGGGACGACCAUUGGAUUUUCUGGGUUGGACCAUUCAUUGGAGCAGCUCUAGCAGCACUCUACCACCAGAUUGUCAUCAGAGCCAUUCCUUUCAAAAGCAAGAGCUGAAUGAUGAUGAUGAACUUAGAGAUCCAAGUUUUUUAUUGUACUCUCGUGUAAUUUUUUAGCUUUUGGUUUGCAGUGUUACUUCUUAGUUACUACUCUUAUAUUCAGCUUUUAAAAAGAUAUUUGGGAUUCUGUGAAUUUCUAAUGAGCUUGUUCUGUUUAAGCAUCAUUGGUUUGAUCUAUCCUCUUAUCUUUUUCAUCGUUUGCAUCUCAAAAUAAAUCUCGUUUUCUCUU